UACACCUAAGGAACCACUGGGUGAACAACGAGGAUCAUCUCUUUUGGAGGCCCAUGCUCUCUGUAGUGAAAUGGAGACAGAGCCAUGUUGUGAAGCGCAUAAUGACCCUGGAGUAACGGCUACAGAGUCUGAGGUGAAGGAGGCAAUUUUCAGACUUGAUGGAGACAGUCUCAAUGAGCUGCCCCGUGCGCCUGCAGAGGAAGGCGAGGAGCUGUUUGGGAGUGAGCAGGCUGAAACAGAGAGAAGUGCAGCAGAGAAUAAAGACUCUGAGUUAAAAAGUCCCUCUGAUCCUGAGCAAGAGAGUGGAGAGACAGGAUGCAAGGCAGUGAAGAAAUUCAAAAAAUCAAACAGUUGGAAGAUGGUAAGAUUUCAAGACCCAUCAACAGAAGAUGAUGUGUUGGAGAGGGACAGCUCCACGGAGAGUCUCUUUCCUGAAUAUGCCACACAGGAGUGGACUUCCACAAGCUUUGAAGAGCUGUUCAUGGCAGAAGAUUGGACAGAGAUUACAGAGGACCGGCUGUUGAGGAAGAAAGUGCUGGAGCCUGGGACUCCACAGGGCCCGCACCCUGCCUGGGACCAGGAGGUUACUGUGAAGAUGCAGUGUGUCCUGGAGGACCGCACUGUGGUGGAAAAGGACUGCAAGCUUGUCUUUGUUAUUGGAGAGGGAGAUGUGAACCAGGCCUUGGAGGAGUGUGUCAUGUCCAUGCAGAAAGGAGAGAUCACAUUACUGCUAACAGAUUCGCAGUAUGCCUAUGGACUUCUGGGAAGAGAGCCUGAUAUUCCAGCCUGGGCUCCUUUACUCUACCAGCUGCAGCUGCUGGACUUCAGAGAGAAACCGGACCCAUUAACUCUGCCCAUUGCAGACCGCAUCCGCAUCGGCAACCAGAAACGAGAGACAGGGAAUUUUCAUUUCCAGAGGGAGGAAUACAGCUUGGCUGCCCGGGCCUAUUGCGUGGCUCUGGAUGUGCUCACCACACGCAGCAAAGAUGGUAAUGAUGUUGGUGUGAAGGAAGAGGAGGAGGAGGUGCAGGACUACCGUGUGAAGUGUUUGAACAACCUGGCGACCACUCAAGUCAGACUGGAGCAGUUUGACGAGGCUCUGCACACCAGCCGAGACGUUCUGACCCUCGAGCCAAACAACGUCAAGGCCCUCUUCAGGGUAGGAAAGCUCCUGUCUGACAAGGGUGAAUACAAAGAGGCUAUGGAAGUGCUAAAAAAGGCCUUGAAACUGGAGCCAGCCACCAAGGCAAUCCAUGUCGAGUUAUCUAAACUUGUCAAAAGGCAGUCUGGAGGCAAAGAAACCCAAGAGUGGAAACCCAAACCAGCAGAGAUGCUUGGAGACAAUAUUGCACCUUUCCUGAUCCCAUCUAAGAAGAAGCCAUCUGGAAUUUCCUGGAAAUUUAUACUUGGAGCUCUGGUGGUGGCUCUGGGCAGUUUGGUGACGUCAAUGAUUUUGACUGCAAGAAACUGAAAUCCUCUGCUGGAAGUAGUUCGAAGAUCAUCAUCUUCAUAUGCAGAGUUUGGUCUCGAGUCAUCUAAUAAGUUUAUAUGAAAAGAGUUUUCUGCUGUUGAUUCAACACGACAGCACUGGAGCCUGAACUAAAAAGCUCUCGUCUGAAAAACGAAUAAUAAAACAGAGUUCUCAGUAGGUUUCUGCUGAUCGAUACGACAGAAGUUUCUCAGCUUUCCAGUUCUGUCUGUUUCACUUGGAAAAAGGAUUACGUUUCUCUUUGUCGUAAAUAAUGGGGCCUGGAAAAUGUUCCGCUAUCACAGAUGUUCAACAAAAAAAAUUAGUGGAUGUGAGACUUUUGUAAAGAAAAACCCAGUUACAAGCAGUUUUAUUUACACACAGUUCUCUGACACACUGAUAAAUCCUUCAAUUAGUACAAGCGAUAAAGCCGCAAUACAGUAUUGCUUACAGUGACGAUGAAAACAAAAAAAAUGUAAUAUUUUUCCCCCUCUUAUGCAACUCUAGAAAAGAAAUCUGGGAAAAAAAAAAAUAGUGCAUUGAUCGAAAAAAAUAUGUGUUUGUG